AAUUCCCUUAAAGUCAACAUCAUUAGAAAAGUCCAAAAUUCCUCUAUUAAUGUCUCAGUCAAAAUCUAUGCUUAACAAUCACCAUUGGUUCCACACUGCAAAAAGAAAGAGAAGCAUUUAGGACUGUGUGAUGGGGAUUUGCUGGAGCUCUUCACCUGAUCAGAAGCCAAACUCACUUCCCAUAGUACCAAGUAACAUAGAUAAUCUCAGUGCAGGUGAUACCUUUUCUGUUGGUGAUAACAGCUGGCUGAGUGUUGGAAGCAGCAACAUUACAGCAUGGGUGUCUCAAGUAAGUGGGAGUUUUACUCGUAUUUGGGGCAAGAAUAAUGGAACUCAUGAGGAUAGCCGAUAUUUAGAUGCCGGUAGUGAUGAGGAUUUUGAAAAUGGUGGAAUCAGUAACAUUGCCGUGGCAAACUUGAAAGUUUUCUCAUAUGCACAAUUGAUAGCUGCAACUAAUAAUUUUGGAAGAGAUAUGGUGGUGGGCAGGGGAGGUUUUGGCAAAGUAUACAAGGGUUGGCAAAAGGAGAUGGUGCCAUCAAUGGGGAUAAAGAAGUCAGCCAUUGCUGUCAAGAAGUUGGGUACUGCAAGUAGGCAAGGAUUUCAGCAGUGGCAGGCAGAGGUGAAUGUUUUGGGAAGACUUUCUCAUCCUAAUCUUGUAAAGCUGUUGGGGUAUUGCUACGAGAAUAAACAAUUUCUCCUUGUCUAUGAGUACCUUCCCAAUGGAAGCCUCAAUUACCAUUUGUUUGGAAAGGGCUCAGUCCAGCCACUUACUUGGGACAUAAGAUUUAAGAUUGUUAUAGGAGUUGCUCAAGGCCUGACUUACAUGCACAGUCCUGAAGUAUCGGUAAAUCAUAGAGAUUUGAAGUCCUCAAACAUACUUCUUGAUGAGUUCUAUAAUGCAAGGAUAGCAGACUUUGGCUUGGCGGCGUUGGUUCCCUCGGCUGAUGAAUCACAGGCUGAAACUCAUUUAAUGGGCACAUAUGGUUAUGCUGCUCCUGAGGUGUAUGCCACAGGACAUCGUUAUGCGAAGAGUGAUGUGUACAGUUUUGGAGUUGUUUUGGUCGAGAUGCUAACAGGCUUGCGAGCAAUCGACAGGAGACGUCCGAAUGAGCAACAAUUUCUGGUGUCCUGGGUAAUACCAUUUCUGUCAAGCAAAAGAAAGUUGAAAAGCAUAAUGGACACACGGUUGAAAGGGAAAUAUCCUCUCAAAGAAGCAUCACUAGUUGCUCGGCUUGCUAUCAGAUGUCUUAAGGUGGAGCCCAAAAUCCGGCCAUCCAUGAAAGAAAUUGCUGAGACAUUGGAACACGUUGAAGUGCGCAAAUACAAGAGUAUCAGAUCCUAAACUUCAUUGUGCUUGCCAAUUCCUCACCAAACACCUCCUGUAGAUGAAAACAACAUAAAAAAGAUAACAAGAAUAAACAACACAAAAUUCUACCAAAUAUGAUCAACAUGAAAAAACCGUAACAAGAUUGAUGUAUUGUUUCCGCCUGCGUCAAUAGCUUCCCGUGGGAUGAUAGGACUAAUUGAUAUUAGUUCUGUAAUUUUGUGACAAAGAUGACUUGCAUUCAAUUACACUAAAUUAUCUCUUACUAAAUUGUACAACUAUUUUAGCAUCAAUUAUUUCUCCUUUCAUUAAAGGAAAAUCUAUGCAUGGAAAUCUUCCUCUUA